CCCGCACUCAGACCUCGUGCAUCAACUACUGUAGCACGAGUACACGCCGCCAGACACGUUGGUGACCUUGCUCUCUUCAUUUCACAGCGGCCUUGAGGCUGUAUCAUUUGAAGUGUUGAACGCCAGUUUGAACUUUCAAAUAGCCACGCCACAAUCCUGCAGCACAACUUGAGGCUUCUUCCUUCCUCCAAGAGUCAUUCAGAGAAGGACGCACUCCACUGAUCUAGGGAGCAUCGGUUUUCGCGUAAGAGUUGCGGAUCAUUGCUGUCCAACUAUAAACAGGUGCACCAUAUCUUUAACUGCGAUGCCUCGUGGAACAACUUUGGCUUUCGUGGCCCUCCCCUUACUUGCGCUAUCACUUGCGUAUUACGCACAAUCCUCUUCGUCGCCUCUUGGACCUGCGCCUCAUCUUGGGACUGGACUCUCACUUUCACUAGCCCUGUCAGGUCUCAUCGCAUACGCCCAGGCUGCUGUGCAAGCACCUUUCAGGUUCAAAACGUUAGAGAAGCCUGCAGAAGCAGUCUUUGUUGCUGAUGAAUACGAUCAUGCACGCGAUCCCCGUCCGCGUUUCACACGCAAAAUUAUUGCUGUUGGGGAUAUACACGGUGACAUUGGAAAUGCAGAACAUAUAUUACAAAUGGCCGGUGUCGUGGACGAGAACAAUAAUUGGAGCGGAAAUGUGGAUGUUUUCGUGCAGACUGGUGACAUUAUUGACAGGGGUGACGAUACCAUCGAGUUGUUUAAUUGGAUGGAAGACCUUCGAGAGCAAGCCUUUGCCGUCAACGGCAUCAUGUUGUCAGUCCUCGGAAAUCAUGAGUACAUGAACGCAAUAGGCGAUUGGCGUUAUGUCCUGGAGUCGGAGAAGAAGACUUUUGAGCCUCGUGAUAGCCGCCUGGAAGCUGUUACAACUGGCUGGCUUGCGGAUGCAUGGGCAACAAAUUAUUCCACUGCUGUACGACUUCCUCUCCACGGUUUGCUUGGCCCUCCCAACACCGACUACCCUGCACCAGAUGGAAGCCCAUUUGCACGUGCCAAUGCAGGACCUCUUUCGCAUGCUGCUUUCUCAUUCGUGCACGGUGGCUUGGCUCCUGCAUACCCCAAUCUUCAGCCAUUCCCGAGUGCUAUCAACGGCCUUGGAUCGUCGCUUUUACAUAGGCUGAGAGACCGCAAGCCUCAGCCGCUGCCACACCCACCUAGUUCAUACCCCGGUCUUCCCGCAGGAACGACUCGUGAGGAAGCUCGCAUGUACGGCGCCGACGGUCCCCUGUGGUACCGUGGAUGGGCUGAUGAAGACGAUAAGAAGGUUUGCUCGAUGGUCGACGGGGUGCUCGAAAAGACGGGUACGCGCCGUAUGGUCAUGGGUCAUACCCCGCACUUUGAUGGCAUUAAGGCGAGAUGUGAUGGGAAGGUGCUCAUCAUUGACACAGGUAUUUCGCAUGCUUAUGGCGGUGCUUUGUCGGCACUGUCAAUUGAGUACACGCUGGAGCCUGUACAGGGUGGAGGAUGGAAGGAGAAGGAGAUCGUCAAGGCUUUAUACGCUGACCAGGAAGACGAGUUACUUUCUGUGAGCACGCGGGACCUGGACGAGAACCUCUGGUAGACCUCUACAAUGUUACGCGACAUCACCUCACUGAAAACCUACAUGUUACUGGGCGCAGAGGACGGCGGUCAGACGUGAUACUCUGUGAAACGUGGCCAGGCGCGACGACUUUCGUAGGAUGUAGAAUCUCUUCAUUCAGUGGAAUUUAAUGAGUUUGUGAACUUUCCGUUUCUUUCUUUCUUCUUUGAAUGUGUGCUUAGGUUCGAGUUGCCGGUUUAGACAUGACGCUGUAGGCAAAGCGCGAGUCAGAUCAUUUUC